AGUCGCUGUAUGUAUCGGAUACCGUGCGUCGUAACUGAUAUAUCCAAUAUUUUUUAUCUCCCAUAAAGAUAAUACGUAUAAAGCAUUCCCUUACUCGGCCGAGGCCCAUUUCGAUACAAAUAACUGACCCGUGAUGUUUGUUAGAAUCUGAAAUUUGGUUCUUCAUAAAUAAAUAGUGUUAUAUCGUUCCUGUUGCAUACCACGUGAAAAAGAAAUAUCGCCGCAUAGUUUACCAAAGUCAUAUUUAGAUCGUGUGUAAAAGAAAGCCAAAACAAUGAAACUGCUAUUUACUACCUUGGCAGUAUUAAUUUUGCUGCUGUCAACCGUAUUAGGAACAAGCGUUCAAACCGUGUCCGACGAAUACGAAGAUUAUUCGAACGAUUGCGAUAACGACAGUUUAAUUUUACAUUUAACUGACUCCAGAAUCACAAUAAAUGCAAUUGACGCUCCCAAGAUAAGAUGUUUAACUAUCGAUUAUAACGGACUUGAAACUAUAGACGAUGGAGCUUUCGACCAAGUGCCAAACUUGGAAUAUUUGAAUCUUGAAGGCAAUACAAUUUUACCUAACAAUUUGUUUUCGUUCGGUAAUCUUACGAAUAUCAAAACAUUGAUUCUCGGUAAUCAAAAUUACUAUUAUACAGGCCUCAUGCGUGUGACUGGCGUAUAUCCUAAAUUGCGAUAUCUCGAUUUAAAAAAUUGCGGUAUUUCCGAUGUAGAAUGUGAAAUGAAAAAUUGUUUCCCGGAACUAACGCAUCUCGAUUUUUCAUCGAAUUCCUUAGUAUAUUUGUAUACUAGUUUCGAAAAUGUGUUCUACGGAAAAUUAAAGUAUCUUCGUCUCGAUGAUAACAUAUUACAACAAGUUUCGUUUACAAACAAUUUGAAUUUGUCGUCGUUAUCGUUGAACAACAAUAAGAUUUCGAUAAUAGGUAGUAGUGGUCUAAACUUGACGGGACUGAAAAAUUUGCAAAAUCUUUCGGUAGCGGUUAAUAGUAUUCGUCUUAUAGAAGAAAAAGCAUUUACGGACACGAUAAAUCUUCGGUACUUGAAUAUUUCUAUGAACAAUUUAACGAUCUUAAAUGACGAGACAUUCAAGAACUUGAGUUCUCUGCAAGUUUUAAUAUUGGAUCAAAAUAUGUUCGAUUCUGUUCCUAUAAUUACAUCCACGAGUAUAAUGACAUUCUCGAUGAAUUGUAACAUUGUAAAACAUCUGACGAGCAGUUCUUUUUUCAACUUGCCGAAUAUGAGAAAACUAUUCCUAGGAAGUAAUAUGAUUUCUUUCAUCCAGCUUGACACGUUUGUAAACCAAAAAGUGUUGGAAGAACUGUAUUUAAAUGAUAAUGAGUUAAGCUCUUUGCCGAAUGGUUGGUGCAAUAAUAUGAAGGAGCUUCGACAUCUGGACUUGUCGAGGAACAAAUUUACGUCGUUGAACCCGCUGUUCCAGUGCUCUAAUUUUCCUGUACAACGCGUUAUCUUUGAUCACAAUCCUCUCGAGUAUAUCAACACGGAUACAAUAAAAACGAUGCCGAAAAAUGUAAAGAUUUAUUUGAAUUAUAAUUUGAAUCUUACUGUGCCGUUAUGUAGUAAUUUGUGAAAUAAAUUCGUGAAAUUCGCAAAGUUUGAAGUAGUCGCGAGUCCAGCGUGGAAAGAAGCGAUUACUCAAAUUUAAUAUCUAUAUAAUUCAUUACUCGCGCGUAUACAUAUAUAUAUAUGUCUGGCUAUCUCAUAUUUGGUAAAGAAUUGUUUAAGGGAACAAUUCUUAUUUUUUUUUUUUUGUUCUAUGUUACGAUAGUACUGGGUUGUCGUUCGACAAUUCUUCUACAAUUUUUGUUAAAAAUCAGUCUAGCGUCAAUUUGUUAUGUAUUGUAUCGUAUCGUACGUCGAUUUAUAACACGAUCAGAAAUCGAUAGUAUCGGUAAGCCUAAGUGGUAGAAAUAUUCAUCGAAAAAAUUUUGAUGUUGUUAUAGUACAUGUACCUAUACAUAUGCAAUAAUAAACGUGCAUUUACGGUUU